ACUCUCUAAUUUAUCAGUCCGGUGGCUGUGUUUGCAGUCUGCAGGUCCUCCUCCUCCACAACAGCAACAUCUCUUCUUUAUCUCUACACUCUUUCACUUCCAUCAACAACUACCAUUCACCAUGAGGGAGAUUGUGCACAUCCAGGCCGGUCAGUGCGGGAACCAGAUCGGUGCAAAGGUAGGAGAAGAAAGUAGUUAAAUCAAAUUAAGCAAGAUUUUAUUGUGUAUUCCAGUUUCUUUAAGAUUUCAGUCUUUAAAAGUCUUUCUGGGAGUCUUUCUUUUGUCCUCUGGUUGAAAAGUUGCAGAAAAUAACUUAUUUAAUUAAAUAAAACUGAACCAGAACAUGUACAACUAUAUUUAUACACCCCCAGCAUUACAAAUCUGAAGACAAAUCAUUAUUACUUGGAUUUCUAAAUGAAAAUAAAUUACAGAAAUGUGUUUUUUCAACUUAAUUUUUGUUUUGGACAAAACUGUAGCUGUGGCAUUUUAUCAGUGUUGAAUAAAAGCACAUAAAAACUUAAGAAACAUUGGCUAUGGUGAGUUUUAUAAGCUUUUUUGACCAUUCAAGUCAUUUUCUUUGGUGGCACCUACUUUUAUCCAAUAGAUUUACAUUUAUUCUUUGUUGAGAGAUGUUUUGAGGCAACUUUAUGAAGUGAAAUGAAUUAGAAAAACUUAUGAAACAUGCCUACUAUUAAUACUUUUGUAUCUGAUUCAGUACCACAAAGUGUAGUAAACCCUAAAUCCUGAUAACAUAAGAGACCCACAAAACACUGCAAAAAGAGUUCACAUUUCAGUGAUAUUUAAAGUUAGUCAUACACGUUAAAUUAGACUACAGAGAUUUAAUAAAGCCAUAAUCCAAGGGAAGCUGUUACAACAUUGUGUCUGCACUGACAUUUAAACUGUCAUCUUUGCAUUGUCUUUAUGCAUAUUAUGAAAAUGGUGUCACAUCACAGAUUUGGGUCUGUUGACAAAACAGAGACUCGGGUCAUUGAUCCGUGAUUAAUGAAGCAGACACGCAGGGCCAGCUGCUGUCUUGGCCGCCUGGUGAGCCGGACUCUUUGUCAUUUGGGAAAGAAAGAGGAGAAAAAACAGAAGUGAAGACGGCGAAAAGAAAGGAGAAAUUUGCUGAGGCAGAGGAGGGGAACGCAGCCAGAGGGGGCUGAAGGGGGGAGUAGAUAACAAGUGUCUCAGUGUCUGCUCUGAAAGCACAGAGGAGGUUAUUUAAAAUAGCUGCUUUUCCAGUCAGUGUAUCACAUGCAUGGACCCCGGGGCCCCAAACAACCAGUGACACAUGAACAUCAAGUGAUUAUCAGCGAAGUUUUCAAGUUUUCUUCAGUGAUUUAAAUGUCCAACUCCGCACAACCAAGAGCCACACUGUUUGACACUGCAGCCAUAAUUCAACUAAUAAUCACAGAAGUAUAAAAGAUUGAUAUCUCAUCAGGUGAAAGUAUUUAAAUCCCGUCAUGGUGUUUUUUUUCUGACAUGUUUCAGAGUCAUACCUCCAACAACAGGUCUGACAUGCAUACUCAGUUUGCAGUUGUAUUUCUGGAUUAGGGUGCAUGGGGAUCACUGAUUAAAGCUUCACUCAGUGCAUUUACAUGCACAGUUUGAUCAGACUAACCUCAUAAUUUGUUUUUUUUUCGCUGAAUCAGACUUCUCUCCUUGUCCGCGUGUUCAUGCAGCUGAGAAAAUUGAAGUAUUGACGUGAACGUGUCCUCCUCCCCAAAACUAGGGGGGGAUAUGGGUCUGUUUCUGACCCCAUACAACCGUCAACAACAACAGCAGGUCAUAAGUUUCUACAACUGCUGCUGGGCAUUUUGGAGCAAGAAGAUGGAGCAUUAUACAGUGUUGUUUUUGUUGUACAUGAUAUACAUAUAUAUAUUUUACUGCAGAAGAAAUGCACGCUACUCGCACAUGCUUUGUCCGAUCAUACUCCGUUUACACUGGUUACAUUUGUAGAGAAAAUCCAAUUCCAAUCACAUUAUCUGGGUGUCUUAAUCGGAGUUCUACGACUCCAAUCGGAGUUUAAGAACUCUGAUUGGAGUCAGACUAAGGUGUUUACAAGCACUUCAGUUGUCCGGUCUUAAUCGGAGUAAGGCAAUAAUUCAGUUUUCUCGAGUGUCGUGUAAACAUACUGAGUGAGGGACUUUUGGUUUGUGCAGUAUUUGGCGCCCCCUGUGGACAAAUCUUAUCCUCCCCUUUCUGAGCUGAUCUCACCCUGUGCGCAUAAAAAAAAAAAAAAAAUGUAAGUAUGUACUAUAAUUAAAGGACAAAUCUUAGUAAACUCCUUAUUUAUCUUCCACAAAUGUCGGUAAAAACCCUCACUGUUCUGCGGAUGUCUGACACGCUUCGUUUGGCUGCUAUUCUAGAAAAAUUAAUCUAGAUUGCGACACCAUCUUUUACCAUAUAAUUAUAAAACUUUGCAGAAGUUUAGCACGGACAUCCAGCUUAACUAAACAUGACUUAUGCGUGUUGAAGUACAGAUAGGGUGUCUGUGAAUCAACAUAUUUGACUCCUCACUCGCUCCCUAGCUCCUACCCCGGGGUAACAAAAUGAGCUUUGGCAGCAACAUGCGUCUGUUUCUCAAUGGCCCUGAUCGGUGAAGACAAGUGUAUUUACAGAGGACUUAGUGAGGCUGAGGUCAUCCCUAUUCCACAAUGGAUUAACUCAGCGUGAACUCACUCGCUUACACAACCAGGAUCCAACCAAAACUCUGCGCAGGUCCGAUACACUGCUUUAAAACUUGUAGAUAUAAUCCAGAGGAGGGGAGGGGGAUUAGUUUGUCAUAGAGUGGUUUCAGGAAAUACUAACUUCACACUGCGGUGACUUUUUGACCCUUGUGCUCCCAGAUUAAGUCUCGUUAACCAUCAGGAAUCGCAAAAUCUAAAAAACCAGACUGUGUUUAUGUAGUUAAAAACUAUCCGAGUGUAGAUUUCGUUUUAAAAGUUUUUGUGGAAUUUUCAGCUGCAGUUUGAAAUCCAUUCCCCCCCAAUCUAACCUUAUCACCUUGUUGCCAUGGUGAUCACAGGUGAAUCCAAGGACAGUCAAAGAUGGUGAGGUGACAGCAGUGAAGAUUAAUAAAAGGAGAUUUUCUCGCCCACCCAGCUCUCUCUUUCCCUCUCUCUCUCACACACACUCACUCGCACAAAGACGUGCCAACUUCCCCCUGCCCCUGCUUAUCUCACCCUCUCCUCCUCACACACACACACAUGGACACAGACACACAGACAGAGUCCAUGGCACAGAUUAGGGUCAGUUGACUGAGCCGCUGUGACAGUGUGUGUGUGUAAUGUCUUAAACGAGUUUGGCGUUCAAGUCUCAGCCUGUAAAAACUGAGCUGACUGAAUCUUCUCAGAAAGAUCUGCUCCUGAUGACCCUCCCCCCACUGGAGACAAGAGUUUGAGUUUUACAGAAGUUACAGAGGUUGUUUUGAGGCCAAAGUCUGUGUUACCCUUCGAUGAAGUCUUAAACAACCUCUUUUGCAUGUUUCCUCCUGUUUACCUCCAUGCUUGUUUGACUCUUUAACUGAGCAGAUGUUUUAAACCAAACACAGACUGUUGUGUCUCGCUGGUUUUCCUCCUUGAUCUGGAUCAAAGCGACAGUCUCUUUAACUCUCAAACAACCUCCGGGUUGGAAAGAACAAAUAGUGAGUCUCUGCGAGGUCGGACAUUUAAAGACUCGAGCACCACAUGAUAUGACGGGUGUGUAUCUGUGAAAUUGAUGGUUCGAGGACACUAAAACAGAGGUUGCAGUCACUGCAGACUCAGAAAAGCGUCUCUAAUCAGAUUCAGAGAGGUGAUUUUACAGAACAUGUUUCUGUUUUUAGCCGAUCUUAUGACUGCAGCAGGUAAUCAGAUGUUGGUGUUUUUCUCGAAGAAGCACAGAGAGGUGAUUGUGAACCUCUGUCCUCUUUCCCCGCCGAGCUCAGACCUGCAGUCAUGGUCUAAAUAUGCACACAAAAACGCAUCUCUUUCUAAGAUAUGCUGGACCUGUGAUCGCUGAAUUCCUCCAAACACAUAAUGUUAUAUCAAGACUAAAGCUGCUUCAGGUUUAUAGCUCAGAGAAAUAUAUGACUUAAAGUGUGGAGACUCAUCCUGGGAGUUAAAGUUCAUGUUUUCGCUGUUUUUCUAUCUGUGGGAGUGUUUUCUGCAGGAUGACAAACUUUAACAGCAGAUUAGUCAUUGAUGGUUAAGCCACUUUAUCACAAUGACCGGCUUCUUCACUGAUGGUGUCACUGCCUGUGUGUUUUGUCUGUGUUCAGUUCUGGGAGGUGAUCAGCGAUGAGCACGGCAUCGACCCGACAGGAACCUACCAUGGAGACAGUGACCUGCAGCUGGACAGGAUCAGUGUGUAUUACAACGAGGCCACUGGUGAGUACGUCCUGACUCACACUGGGGUCUGUGUCGGAGGAGGAUGAGCCGAGACGUCCCCCCUCCUGUGGAGACGCUGACUCACUGCAGCAGCAAAGAAUAAAUCAGAGAGAAAGCUAAGAGAGCGGGGUGAGGUGCAUACCGUUAAAGCUGAGUCAAGACCACAUGAGCCCACGUUUAGCUCAAACUUAGUCCUCUGCUGCAUGUCAGAAAGCUCCGUCUUUCCUUCUGUCCCUGCUCUCUAUACAACAGCUGUUACAUCUGAAACAUAUGUGCAAAAUAUUGAACAUAAACUUCCCCAAAACACCUUUAAAUCUUAAAUAUUUACAUAAUAAAUAAGUAUUCUUCAAUGAGUCUGGAUGAAACUUUUCUUUGGGCUUAAAAAAUAUGAAGUUGUGGCAGUGAAAUCGAACACACUGACAUCUAGUGGCUUUUAAAACACAUCGCAGUCUUCUCAAUGAUGAGCUGAUAUUUAUGAUUUUGGACUUUUAUAUGAAGAAAGUUCGCAAACUAACUUGAAAUUAAGAUAUCAGUAUUUGUAAAUGUUUUUUAUAGUUAAAGCUGUAAACCAUGAUUUAGAAAUUAAAAUAAAAAAUGCUUAAAAAACAUUCAAGUUGAAAAAGAAAUGGGUCUAAAAUAGGGUCUCCUCUGCUUACUGACAUGCUAACAUCCCCAGGGGGAAACUGUUUUUUGUUACAGUAACUCCAGUGCAAGUAAAGUACAAAGAGGAGAUAAAUAAUUGCUAAAAUAAGUAAAAAUAAAGAGAUAGUAUCCAAGUAUGUACACUAUAUACAACACAACAUAGUAAAAUAGUAUGCAGAGUAUGUAAAGAUUGCCUGUUUCUCCCAAAGAAAGUCUUUUUAGUGACGCAGUAAAACUACAAACUAGUUGAUUCUCUCCAUAAAAAAACAAAACCAACAUUUUUAACUUUAUUUCUCAUUUGCUGAAGUUGUCAAUUCUGUACAAAAUGUUGUAACUGUGGAGUUUAUGCAGCAUUAUGGUGUUUAACUCCAUCUAGUGGCCUAAUGAGGGAACUACAUACAGCUUUAGUUUAGUCCUUCACUCGUUUUAACAGAAUCUCUGAAGCAUCAUUUCUCCGUUCAUAUAUUUAAAAAACCACUGAGUGAGAGUUUUUAAAACAAACUGUCCCAUCUUCACUUUCUUGAACAUUUUGACAGUCAUCAGGUUUAUUUUUGCAGUUUUUUUACCUUAAUGUUUUUUUCCGUGUGUUUAUCAGGUGGGAAGUACGUGCCCAGAGCCAUCCUGGUGGAUCUGGAACCAGGCACCAUGGACUCUGUCCGCUCUGGACCUUUUGGACAAAUCUUCAGACCUGACAACUUUGUCUUCGGUAAGAACACAACAGGAAAAACCAUGGUUAAUGUUGCCCUCUAAAGUCAGAGGUGAGAUUGUCAUUUGGUGCCAGCAAAGAAAACGAUACCACGUUCUUUAUCUAAUUUCCAGGUCAGAGCGGAGCAGGAAACAACUGGGCCAAAGGUCACUACACAGAGGGGGCGGAGCUUGUGGAUUCAGUCCUGGACGUGGUGAGGAAGGAGGCCGAGAGCUGCGAGUGCCUUCAGGGUUUCCAGCUCACUCACUCUCUGGGAGGAGGAACCGGCUCCGGUAUGGGUACCCUGCUCAUCAGCAAGAUCAGGGAGGAGUAUCCGGACCGCAUCAUGAACACCUUCAGCGUCGUGCCCUCUCCGAAGGUGACGCAUCGACUUCACUCUCAUGGUAGACAGUACAAAGACGGUCAUAUGUUAUAGUUAAGUGUUACAUCGGAGAUAUUAGUAUAUCUGGAUUUCUCCUUUCAGGUAAUCUCAAAUAUUAAAUUAUUGAAAAAACAGAGAUAGUUACAUUUAGACGGGAUUAGUUGUUAAAAAUAAUCAAUUUAACUUUUAAAGAUCAGCAGGAUGAGAAUUUUUGUUGAAGGAUUCAUCUUAAACAUGUAGAGGACAUUGUUUCCUGUGAUUCAAACUGUGUGUUUGAUGAUUUUCUGGAGUUUUUACGUCAGCUGACUCUCCACUCUCUCCGUCUCAGGUGUCGGACACCGUCGUGGAGCCGUACAACGCCACGCUGUCCGUCCACCAGCUGGUUGAAAACACCGAUGAGACCUACUGCAUCGACAACGAAGCUCUCUAUGACAUUUGCUUCCGCACUCUUAAACUCACAACCCCCACAUACGGCGACCUCAACCACCUGGUGUCCGCCACCAUGAGCGGCGUGACCACGUGCCUGCGUUUCCCCGGACAGCUCAACGCCGAUCUGAGGAAGUUGGCCGUCAACAUGGUUCCCUUCCCUCGUCUCCACUUCUUCAUGCCAGGUUUUGCUCCUCUGACCAGCAGGGGGAGCCAGCAGUACCGCGCCCUCACAGUUCCCGAGCUCACCCAGCAGGUGUUUGACGCCAAAAACAUGAUGGCGGCAUGCGAUCCUCGCCACGGACGCUACCUGACUGUGGCCGCCGUGUUCCGUGGCCGCAUGUCGAUGAAGGAAGUGGACGAGCAGAUGCUGAAUGUCCAGAAUAAGAACAGCAGCUACUUUGUGGAGUGGAUCCCCAACAAUGUGAAGACGGCCGUGUGCGACAUCCCCCCACGCGGCCUCAAGAUGGCGGUCACCUUCAUCGGCAACAGCACGGCCAUCCAGGAGCUGUUCAAACGCAUCUCCGAGCAGUUCACCGCCAUGUUCCGCCGCAAGGCCUUCCUCCACUGGUACACCGGCGAGGGGAUGGACGAGAUGGAGUUCACGGAGGCGGAGAGCAACAUGAACGACCUGGUGUCCGAGUACCAGCAGUACCAGGACGCCACGGCCGAGGAGGAGGGCGAGUUUGAGGAGGAGGUGGAGGAGGACGCCUAAAUAAAAACAAAAAUAUGAGCUGAAGAAGUCAAAAAGAACCAAAAAGAAAAAAAAAAACAAAAAAAGAGAGAGAAAAAGUCUUGAAUUGAAAGAACGAGGAAGUUUUUGGAGGUUUAAUUUAGAAAAGAACGAUCGAAACAGCAGAAAGAAGAAAUGAAAGUUGGCAGAAGUGGGAUUAAAAAAAUAAAGAAAGAAAUACCAAAUAAUGUGCCAUGGGGCUGCUCUUUUAAAAAACUAUCUUCACAAGUUUUUACUGCGAAUUCUGAAACCAGACACAUCAUUUUACCUUCAACAAGAUAAUCUUUAGCAUCAUGAGAAACCGUAUUUCACAACCUUAAAUGUGCAGCCGUGAAGUUUUAUUCCAGCGCUUCAAUAAGGACAAAGUCAGGAAGAUUUCACUGUGACCUAAACGGUUGUUUGGCGACCAUUUUUUCAGUGUUACCUGCUUUCAUCAGUGUUCAACACUUCUGUUCGUCUGUCAGCGUCGCUCUAAGUGAUAAAUGUGAAUCUUUGUGGUGAAUGUUGGAGAUCUGUCAGUAUUCGUUUCCUCUGAUUGAAUCAUUCUGGUGGGAUGUAGACGAAUGAGUAUUAUCAUUUCAGUAUUUAAGUAGGUGUACUAACAUUAACUUUAGUAUCAGUAUGACAUGAUGAGCUUGAAGCAGUUAUAGGUUCAUGUUUUAUAAACCUCUGUUGAAUUCAAAUAUAUAAAAUAAAUGGGAAUAGUAUUGGGACCUUCUCAGGUGAAGUUUACAGUGUGAAUGCAGCAGCAGCAGGAUUCUCCUCAGACGCCAGCCAACGUCAUGAUGAGGAUCACAGACUGUAUUUUCACAGAGUAAGGUCUGGUUAUCAUGUUAGCGUUAGUCUUAACUGUUUUCAUAUCCCUCCUGAGAUUUUAGACUUCUGUAAACUCGACUUUCUCUGGACUGUUUUGUGUUUGCUGCAGCUGGACCAGAAGUUUGUUUUAAAGAUAUUUUUCAACAGAUUUAAUGAGAAGAACACUAAUGAAACACAAACAAACUGACAUAUAUGAAGACUUAAACGAGGAAACUUAAGCAGCUUUAGUCCUGAAUUGAAUUCUUAUUAGAAAUGAAUCAAAGUUUUGAACUUUUGAAGCUUUCCAGCAUUUCUGUAUCACUACAUUGAUGUUCAUUUGACAUUCAGCUUAAACAGAUUUAUAUUUUUUGUCCUUAAAGAUAUUUUGUCCUGUGAAAAAAUGCUAAAGUUUACAUUCUGAUGAAUGUUUACACUCUGAGCCACAGUAUUAUGUAUCCAGAUCAAAAUCUUCACCAUGUUGUCCUUGUGAUUGUGAAUUUUGUAUGUGCGCUUCAUUGUUUGUACCUUUUUUUUUUUAUUCCUAAGGAACAAUCUGACCUGAGAUCCAAAUGUGACUGUGAAACAUUUGUGAGAAAUAAAAAGGCAUUUGUAGGAAAAAAA